GAGUUCAAAUCAGAGUCGCCACUUUCUCUAAGCCGAAAGUGCUGCAUUGAAAUAUGUAAGCCAGACGCUUUCCCGGUCACAAUCACAUACGGCAACUAGUUGGGCGGUUGUAAGUUUAGUUGGUGCUAGCAACUUGUGCAGUUCGUCUCGAAGAGCAAAUGGAUAAAUUACAGGUCAAGUUUCCGUACGAUAUACGUGACGUGGACGCUGAAACCAAUGCGGAGCUAUUGGAGUACUUUAAAGGUGAGCGCACGGGUUUUGUACAGGUCGGACCCGAGGGAUACUUCUUUCCACACAAGUACAAAGCGCAGGCGGAGCAUUAUUACAACUUUAAGGCGCGUCCCGAUGACAUUUGGAUAUCAACAGUGCCACGUUCGGGCACCACCUGGACACAGGAGAUGAUCUGGUUGCUGGCCAAUGGUCUGGACUUUGCACAGGCCGAACAACGUCCGCUAACCGAUCGUUUCCCUUUCUUCGAAUUUCCCUUGUUUGUACAUGACGAUGUCAAGGCAGAGCUUUUGGCUGAAAACUGUAGCGCUGAUAUGGAAUUUAUAGAAAAAAUAUGCCGUCCGGGCUACGAGACGCUAGAAGAAUUACCAAGUUGUCAAAGGCGUUUCAUAAAGACACAUUUUCCGUUUUCUCUAAUGCCGCCGAGUGUCUUGGAGAACAAAUGCAAGGUCAUUUAUGUGGUCCGCAAUCCCAAGGACGUGGCCGUUUCCUAUUAUCAUCUUAAUCGUCUGUUUCGAACGCAGGGUUACGUUGGUGAUUUUGAACGUUACUGGCGGUAUUUCCAGAAAGGAUUAAAUCCCUGGCUGCCUUAUUACAGCCACGUGAAUGAGGCAAAAGAGCACAGGAAGCUGCCGAAUGUUCUUUUUCUCAAGUACGAGGACAUGCUGAUCGAUUUGCCAGGAGCAGUGAAAAGCAUUGGUGACUUCUUGGACUGCAUACCGAAUGCUGAGGGCCUAGAAAAAUUGCUCAAUCAUUUAAACAUUAAAAACUUUCGUCAAAAUAAGUCCGUUAAUAUGCAUCAAAUGGCAGCUGUUGGAAUUCUGAAGCAAGGUGAAGCUGGAUUUGUAAGAAGAGGAGGCAAGGAUACCGAUGCAAAGCAGCAUGAUCAACAGGAAUUCGUGGAUAAUCCAAAACUACUAAAGACUGCGAAUGACUGGAUACAACAAAAUGUUAAAUAUAUUUGAAGCUUAUAAAAUAAAACGUUUUCUUUAAAUUUGAAA